GAGGCAGGUCCCACCUGAGAAGCCGGGGGUGGGGUGGGAAUUCCUCCUUUUCUUCAUUCUCUCUGAUUUCAAAAGCAGCCCUCCUUGUGAUCCUUUUUUUGCGUCUCUCGAAACAGCCAUUUAAAGGGAAAAAAUGGUGCCGUUGCUUUGUUUAUAUAUUCAGAUUUGUACAAUUAAUUGAGGCAGGCUGGACGGCCGGGUUCCACCAGGGAAGCGGUCCCUUCCCAGCCCGUUUUCUCCAUUUGCGGGAGCCGCGUUGGGUUCGUUGCAAGGCUGCUGGGGCCUUUGUGUGCUGAAGCCACUUGCGUCACCCUGGCAGAUGAGGGGCUUAGCUGUCUUGGGGGCUGCCUCAGAACGGAGGCCUUCCCCGGCCGUCUCUGCCUGCCGGAUCCUGGAUGUGAAUAAAGGUUUUUUGACGCUCAUUGUUUCCUUGUGUCAAUUUCCUGGCUUCAUGUUUGUUGCUUUCUUUUCAGUAUACUGACGAUCUUUUCUUUGUUUCAUAGCAUUGAACAGAUGGGUUGAUUAUUCUUUUCAGAUAUUAAUAAAGCAGCGGAAAGAAGAGAAAUGAAUAAGCCUCCCUCAAGGUCCAGCCCGUCGCGAAGGGCUUUUCCCGGUCCUUCCGGCAGGGAGCCCAUCCCUUUCGGCGAGAGAGACGCACGGAGGGAUCGCUCUCCCAACCGGGGCAGCCCACGCAGAGAUGGCAGGAAUGGCCGAGAUUCCCGGGACGGACGGGACCUUCGGGCGCGAGAGUUGCGGGGGGGCAGAGAUCACCGAGACCCCAGAGAUUCCCGGGACGUGCGAGAUUCCCGAGAGCCUCUCUACGACCGCUUCAGGGAGGCCAGAGAGCCCCAGUACAGGAGAGAGGAAGGCUAUGACCGCUACGCCCGUAUGGACGACUAUUGCCGCAGGCGGGAAGAGCCCUCUUACGAGCGCUAUGGGGAGCCCCUGGACAGGCCCACCCUGAGCACCGAAGAGCGCAUGAAGAGAGAGGAGAGGCGCCGGGAAGAGCUGUACCGGCAGUUCUUUGAGGACAUCAAGAAGUGCAUCGAUGCCGAGCGGCCGGUGGAUUGCUCCGUCAUUGUGGUCAACAAGCAGACCAAGGAUUACGCCGAGUCGGUGGGGCGUAAGGUGCGUGACCUGGGCAUGAUGGUGGACCUGAUCUUUCUCAACUCGGAGAUGUCCUUGCAGCAAGCCUUGGAUGAUGUGAGCCAGGGGGGCUCUGCCUUCGCCAUCGUCAUCACCCCCCAGCAUCAGGUCCACCACUCCUGCACCGUCAACAUCAUGUUCGGCACUCCCCAAGAGCACCGGAACAUGCCGCAGGCAGACGCCAUGGUGCUGGUGGCCAAGAACUAUGAGCGCUACAAGUCCGAGGUCCGCGAGAAGGAGCGGGAGGAGAUUGCCAGGCGGGCAGCCAAGAUGGCCGACGAGACCAUCCUGCAGGAGCGAGAGCGCCCCCUGCCGGCCGAGGAGGGUCUCCGGGGGGCCCACCCCCCAGCCAUGCAGGCCCUCCUAAACCUGCUGGCGGACAACCGCUACCUGACCGGGGAGGAGACGGACAAGAUCAUCAACUACCUGCGGGAACGCAAAGAACGGCAGCUGCGUGCCACUGCUGAGCCCCUUCCCGCUUCGCUUCCUAGGCAGACGAUGGGAGCCACGUCAGGAUCCCUAGUGCCCGCUUCCCAGGGGCACCAGAGCGUCCAGCCUCUGCCAGCCUCUGCCGCAGCCACCGGGCCCUCCAACCCUCAGCAGGAGCUGCAGGCCAAGAUCCUCAGCCUCUUCAACAGCGGGGCAUCCACUGCUGCGGUGAACGUGGCGACCGGGGGCGGCUCAGGUGUGGGGGUGUCUCCGAAUCCAGGGUUCUCUUCCGGGCCCAGCACGGCCAGCCGCACCCCACAGCUGGGUGUGGCUGGCAUCCCUCAGUCUCAGCAGCGAGCUCCAUCCCAGGCCGCCCAGUUCACCAACCAUCCGGGUUCCUCUAGGGUGGCUGGUCCCCGACCUUCGGCUCCCCCACAGCCGUCCCAGCCCCUUUACCAGAGCCGGCCCCCUGCGCCCAAUAAUGUGGCUGCCUCGCGCCCAGCACCAUCCCUGGGGAUCAACUUCGACAACCCCAGCGUGCAGAAGGCCUUGGACACCCUGAUCCAGAGCGGCCCCGCCCUCUCCCACCUGGUGAGCCAGACGGUGGGCCAGGCCCGGGCAGUGCCCCCAGCCCAGCAGGCUUUGGGCUCCUACCAGCGGCAUUACUGAUGCCUGCUGGGCUUUUGGCUAUCUGCUGCUGAAGGUUCUGGAUGGUGCAUGUCUCUCCCCCUCUCCACCCCGGCCAGAUUAGGGCUGGAGAAGGCAGUGAUCCCCCCCUCGCCUCUGGAAGCCCCCCCCCCAUGGCCUGCUCCUUCCUUUUCAGUUGGGAAGGGGACCAAGAAGGGGUACACCCUCCUGAGCAACAAAGGGGGGUGGGCGGGCGGGCUUAAGGGCCAAUCUGAGUGUGUGGCUGCACAAGAGUUUUUAUGGCUGGCCUGUGACACCCCUCUCCCCCUUUGGUUUAAUGUUGUAAAAUUUGAAGUUAAGUUUUGGGGGACCUCAGAUGCCCCUUUCUUUUAUAGUGGCUCUUGGCAGAGAUCGAUUCCUGGAGCUGCAGCUGUUCUGUUCUUUGAUGGUUCGGUUAUAUAGAGGCCUCCUCUGUCCUGUUAGCAGGAGGACAUAACUUUUUAAUAAAAUUUACAUAAUGUAUAUAUACGCCCAUGUAUAUAUUAAAAAUGGCAGCCGUUUCAGUUA